AUGUCAGAAGACCCAGAGGAAUGGGCCCGCCUCUCCCUCCCGGACCAAUUCCAGCACAAAAACUGGAAGGCACGAAAAGCCGGCUACGAGACAGCCACAAAGGAAUUCAAGACCGCACAACCCAGCGACCCCGUCGUCCGCGAAUUCAUCCUCGAAAGCAGUCUAUGGAAGGGCGCAGUAGCAGACAGCAAUGUGGCAGCACAGCAAGAGGCGUUGAACGCAUAUAAUGCCUUUCUCGACGCGGCAGCAGCGGAGGGGGCGAGGAAGACGCGGAGUGUGACGAUACAGGGGGUGGUGGAGAAGGGCUUGAUGGGUCGACCGGCGGCCAAGGCUAGUGCGUUGGAGACGUUAUUGUUGUUGGUCGAGCUGGAUAAGGCGGAUCCGGUGAUUGAAGAGCUAUUACCAUUCUUGUCGCAUAAACAGCCGAAGAUUAUUGCGGCGACGUUGUCGGCUGUGACGAGUGUUUAUCAUGCCUAUGGAUGCAAGAUAGUCGAGCCGAAGCCGGUGAUUAAGCUUCUGCCGAAGGUGUUUGGGCAUGCGGAUAAGAAUGUGAGGGCGGAGGCACAGAACUUGACCGUCGAGUUCUAUCGAUGGCUGAGGGAGGCGAUGAAGCCGCUGUUCUGGGGCGAGUUGAAGGAUGUGCAGCAAAAGGAUUUGGAGAAGUUGUUUGAGCCUGUCAAGGCGGAACCACAGCCUAAGCAGGAGCGGUUGCUGCGUAGUCAGCAGGCGGCGAAGGAACAGGCUGAGGCAGCAGAUGAUCCUGAUGAGGGUGACGUGGGUGGCGAGGGUGAUGAGGAAGCCGGCGAGAUCGAUCUGGAGCCAGAGUUUGAGGCGGUGGACGUCUUUGCGAAAGUGCCCAAGGAUCUUAACGAGCGACUGGCGAGCACGAAAUGGAAAGAUCGAAAGGACGUGCUGGACGAAGUGUUUACAGCUGUCAAUGUACCCGCCAUGCAAGACGGACAUUUCGACGACAUCAUCCGAGGCUGUGCGAAGAGCAUGAAGGAUGCGAAUAUUGCGGUCGUCGCGGUGGCGGCGAACUGUGUGGAGUGCAUAGCGAAAGGCUUGAGGAAGUCGUUCACAAAGUACCGCGGCACGAUACUGGGACCUAUGCUGGAGCGUUUCAAGGAGAAGAAGGCGACUGUCACGGAUGCGAUAGGUGCGGCGUGUGAUGCUGUCUUUGCAGCUACUGGGUUCGCGGAAGUGAGUGCAGAUGUACUAGAGCAGCUGAAGAGCAAGAAUCCGCAAGUCAAGGAACACACAGCCAAGUUUCUCAUCAGAAGUCUGAAGAGCACACGAGAAGCACCGACUCUCGAGCAAACGAAGGAGUUUGCAGAAGGUGGCAAGAAGCUCAUCACAGAGUCCGUGGCGACACUACGAGACGCGGGAGCAGAAAUUCUGGGGGUGUUGUGGAAGAUCAUGGGCGACAGGAAUAUGCUCAAUCAUCUCGAAGGACUGGAUGAGAUCCGCAAAACAAAGAUCAAGGAGUUCAGCGAUGCGGCGGAAGUGAGAGCGAAGUGGAAACCCAAGGCCGCCGCGCCACCACCCAAAGCAGCCGCACCUGCCGCCGCUGGCCGGAAACCUGCACCCGGUACCAAGAAGCCCGCUGCGAAAAAGGCUCCAACGCCGAGAUCAUCUACACCACCUGCAGCCGCCGAGGAUGCACCAUUACAACCACGACCGACAAGCCGUCCAGGCGUGAAAGCACCAGCCGGGCUCCGACCACCCGGUGGUCUCAAAGCCCCCGGAUCCGGACUCCAACGACCUGGUACCGGCCUCAAACCACCCACCGGCACAUCCUCGCCAAAACGCCAACUAGCACCCCUCGAAGACAUCUCCGCCGCCACCAAACCCCUAGGAGCCGGGGGCCGCGGUCUCGCCGGCCGCCCCCUAGCCAAACCCUCGACAGCUCCCUCCUCCCCACCCCGCCACGAACCCCCCACCACCUCCUCCUCCGCCCUAACCACCCUAGAACGCCAAGAACUCACAACCCUGCACACGGAACUUGACCUCCUGCGCUCCCAAACCUCCGACCUCCGCCAAGAUAAACUCCGUCUCACGUCCCAAAUCGCGGAAUUACAAAAUCAAAACGCGCAGUUGAUUGAGGAUCACACGCGGGAUGUGUUGCAGAUUAAAGCCAAAGAGACGCAACUUGUGCGGGCCAGGAGUGAUGCGGAGAAUAGUGAGGAGAGGGGGAAUUCGUUGGGCAGGGAGGUGGAGAGGUUGAAGAGGGAGAUGGGGCGGUUGGGAAGGGUGCAUCUGCAGCAGGGUUCUGUGGGGGGUGGGAUUGAUAUUAAUGGGAAUGGGUUUGGGGAGGGAAAUGGUGGGAUGCCGCCGCGGCCGGGGUUCGGGGGCGUGAGUAGGUCUUAUGCUGCGCCGAGUCCGCGGGGGUAUGAUAUGAGUGGGUUCAACGGUCAUGGCCACGGCCACGGCCACGGUCACGGCCACGGACUUGGUGCUGGUGCUGCUUCGGCUGAGGGAGAGGAGGGGAAGGAGAAUAUUCCCGAGUCUCCUGGUGCUGCUGCUGCUGCUGGGUUCGGUGGGUAUGGGAGUCCCGAGAGGAAUGGGGAUGCGGACGCUAUGCCUCCGCCUCGCACCAAGCCUUCACAGCAGCAGACGCAGUCGCAGUCGCACUUCGCGUUGAAUCAUAACCGCCCGAUGUCGAAUGGGAGUUCGGGGCGCGCUGGGACACCGCUUUCGCUUUCUCAUGAUGAUGGUGGUGAGGGCGGUGGCGGGGAUGCUGCAACCAGGUCGACCAGCGGAGGGAGUGGGAGUGCGAAGCCCGCGAGUGUGGAUCGCAGUCAGAGUCAGAGUCAGAGUGAAGGGGUGGAGAGUUGGAGGCGGGCGGCGGAGGUGACGCAGAAUCUGAAGGCGCGGAUUGAGAUGAUGAAGGCGAGACAGAAUAUUGGGCGGGGACAAUGA